AUGAGCGAAUACACGAACCAGCUCCCCGCAUUCCUGCAGCUUUUCGAACAAAACAUGGAGGAAGCCGCAGAGCAAUUCAACCUUCAUUAUUCCGAAUGGCUUCAAGAUUGGCCAGCCAAUGGACUCCAAUUCGAUCAGAAGCAUCCCGAUUGCAACCUCAACGCCAUUGAGGUAUGUGCCCGUCAUAGUGGCGUCGAGGCAUUCCAAGCCAUCAAACGGGAGCUACCAGAUGCCAUAUCCUAUGUAGAUGAUGAGGGCCGGUCCAUUCUGCAAUUGGUAGUCAAAUGGAAUGUAGGCCAUGUUGCCUUGGUGGAUUACAUUCUUCAGAAUGGCGGGAUGUCAUUGAUUGAUCAACCCUCACCCGAUGGCAAGACUCCGUUGUGGACGGCAAUCAAUGACGCGCAAAUACAUGUCACCAAGUUGCUCAUUUAUCGCGGAGCGUCAUUGACGCCACCAACGGAUGGAAAAUUCUCCCCUUUGAAAGCGCUCAAGAAAUCCAUGUAUGUAGCCAGGUUUUUGCGACCUCUUCGUCAUUGGCUGGUAGAAAUGAAAGAGAAGAUAGAAAGGUUCCCCUCUGAGACGACUCCUCCUAAAAAGAAACAAAAACUAGUAGAGAUGAAACCCGCAUUGCCAGUGGGGGAGGAUCUUGUCCGCCAUAUUGUUUCCUUGCUGUCCCUCAAAGAAUGCGCCACUCUGCAGUGUGUUUCUCGUUCCUUCCAAAAGGAUUAUAGAUACUUGCGACUUUGUUUUCGCGCAGGAAAAGAUUUCGUUCAGGCAGCUCCCUCGAUGAAAAUGUACGCGAACAUCCAACUGAGCGCAGAGGAAUUUUCCAUACUCCACGGGGGCAAGGACUGCUAUGACGAGGCACCGGUGUGGUAUGAUACUACUACUGAGAUGCAAUUGGUGUUUGGUGGUGCGCUUCGAUUACGCGUACCCAAUGAAAACUGA